AUGACGGAUAAUGAAGAAGGCGAAGAGGAGAGGACAAAUCAGGGUUUCAGGGAGGAGAUGGUGAAGGGUGAAGGUGGAAAGGCAAAAGAAUUGGUAGUUAACAUCGUUGUUUUGGGAGAAGGUGAACUGAAGGAUGCUAUAGAUGAUGCGAGAGGAAGCGAAGGACAAGAGAAAGAGGAGAAAGAGAGCUCAGAAGUGGGGAGAGUGGGCAUUGGUUGUGCGUUUUGUUUCGGAGAGUACUCCGUUGAGGUUUGGGGUUUGUGA